AUGGGUGCAAGGUGGACAGCUCUGUCUGGAUCCAAGGCUUUGGUCAGGAGGGUUACGCAGACUGGUGACGAAGUUCGGCUCGUAGUCGCUCCACUGCCUCCUCAUCUCCCAUCUCGUAUUCAUGAAACUGUUGCCUUAGUCUUAGACGAUUAUGCUGAUCCUGCUGCUGGUAAUAAUUUUGGAGAUACUGGCGUUGCUCCUGCCGUUGGUGCUGGUACUGAUGGUGGUUGUGUUGGCACUGGAAGGGGCUGUAGUGGACCUCCUUAG